AUGAAAGUCACGAGUCUAGGUCCAUUGAUACUAUCAUUUCUCUUGGUGUUUUCGCCUUCAGUUUUAUCUGAAGAAGAGAAAGAAUCAACAGAAGAUGCCGCUGAUACUUCUGAUAAAAAAGUUUCAAUCUUGCCGGCAGCCAACAAGCUGAUCGAGAUGGCUAGCUCUCUCCGUCAGACGUUAGCAUCUAAUACCCUGCCUAUGGGUUUGGGUGGUCUGAUGAUGGGAAGUGUGUUAUAUGGAAUGACCCUGGUUCCUGCAGUAAUGGUUCUUCUUGGAGGAGGAAAUAUUGGUAGUCAAUUAGGGGGAGUGUUAUCAAGUUUGGGUGGACUCGGUAAGAGGUCACUAACAGACCAAGAAGAGAGCCUUCCUCUUCUAGACGCUCAAGGAACUAAAAGACUGAUGACAAAGCUUGACAACACCUUCCAGAUGUGGAAUAUCAGAGAUGAAGAAUGCAGAAAAUUCUUGGUUUGUGAGGUCUAUCAAGAAGUUGCUAGCAGCGGAAUGGGUCCUGAUACAGAUAUCUUCCUUAAAACCAUUUCUUCUAUGUUCAGGUCUAACGGGAAACUUAAACGCAGCGCUCAAGAUCUUCCAGAUUUCGACAUCUAUUACAAUGCAGCAAGAACCGGUUUGGACACAACAGACUGUGGAGCAUUUUAUCCUUGUCAAAAUCUUAAGAAAUUACUUUGA